GCACAUGCAACCAUUAACACCAUGGAACCUAUCAUCCAGAUAAUGACCUGACCCCACUUCCUCGCCGAUGUCCGGAUGUUCUACAUACCCAGGUUGACCUCCAAACCAGACGUUGGACAUCCAGACCGUAAACUAAAUAGUCAUUUGGGUCAAUUGCUGUCCAGAUCGCAAACUGAGACAAGGUUCCAUACUUAGGCAUUUUCUGAUCAUCAUCAUCAGAAGUUCAAACUUCUCGGUCAUAACGUGGACGUCAUUUGCAGGGUAACGACGGUUCUAUCAGGCUUUUAAUACGAGUCGUUUUUUUGGACAUGACUCAAGCUCAUUCGCCCACUUGCAAUCGCACGAUAUGAUUUCGAGAGCUCCUGCGACUUCAAACUUGCACCUGGAACCAGGCGAGGAUGAGGUAACUCUAGCAAAGCUAGGAUACAAGCAGGAGUUUCGCAGGGAAUUCACUCCGCUAGAGGUAUCUGGACUUGCAUUCAGCUAUAUAGGAGUGGUACCUUCUAUAGUCUCCGUGUUCUUUUAUGCCCUACCAAAUGGUGGGCCUUUCGCUAUGGUUUGGGGGUGGGCAAUUGCUUGCCCUUUUAUCAUGUGCAUCGGGUUGGCACUGGGAGAACUCGCGUCAGCAGCGCCUACUUCCGGUGGCCUAUACUAUUGGACUUACUCCCUUGCGUCUCCACGGUGCCGCAAUUUUCUGUGUUGGAUAGUUGGCUAUUCGAACACCAUAGAAUCUAUAGCGGGAGUCGCUUCGGUAAAUUGGGCGUGCGCGAUUCAAAUCACAGCCGCAAUCAGUAUCGCCUCUGGUCAACCAUAUGCGACUACUAAUGCGAAGAUCUACGGUAUAUACGCAGCUGUAAUGUUGUCACAAGCCGUCCUCGUGAGCCUCGGUACCAAAGUCUUGGCAAGACUGCAGUCACUGUAUACGUUGGUGAAUUUGUGCCUGUGCUUCAUAGUCAUUAUCGCGCUUUCCGAUCGCAACCACCAUCAGAAUAUCGAAACAGGUGCAAGUUUUGCGCUAGGGAAUUUCACAAAUCUGGAUGGCUGGCCAUCUGGAUUCGCAUUUAUAUUGAGCUUAAUGGCUCCUCUUUGGACAAUAGGGGGUUAUGAUGCUAGCGUCCACAUGAGCGAGGAGGCUUCGAACGCCGCUACCGCAAUACCAUGGGCGAUCACCAGUUCCAUUAUUAUUGCGGCCGUCCUGGGUUGGGUCAUCAACGUUGUCCUUGCCUUUUGCAUGGGCACUGAUCUCGACGGCAUCUUAAAUAGCCCUUUAGGUCAGCCCUUGGCCCAGAUCUUUUACAAUUCGCUCGGGCAGAGAAUGGCCUUAGUUUUUUGGUGUUUCAUUAUCUCAGCCCAAUACAUGGUGUCAUCGAACUGUCUCCUGGUCGGCUCUCGCCAGACGUUUGCAUUUGCUCGUGAUGGAGCCCUCCCAUUUUCACGAUAUUUGUACCGGAUCAAUGGCUACACACACACACCAGUCAAUACAGUUUGGUUCGACGCCGCCUGUGCUCUGUUAAUUGGACUUCUCGCGUUCGUGAGCACCCAAGCCGUCAAUGCGGUAUUCACAAUUGGUGUCACCGCGUCGUAUAUCUCCUACAUAACGCCUAUCACGACCCGUUUCGUGUUUAAUAACAACUUUAAACCCGGCCCAUUCCACCUUGGGAAAUUUAGUUUUCCGAUCUCUGCGAUCGCUGUGACAGGGAUGGUGUUCAUGAACAUCGUUUUCUUCUUUCCCUCCACCCCCCAAACAACCGUACAGGAGAUGAACUAUACAGUUGUGGUCCUUGGAGGGUUCAUGUUCCUUGCGAUUUCGUGGUAUUAUUGCCCAGUGUACGGAGGCGUGCAUUGGUUCAAUGGACCCAUAGCCAACAUUACACCGGCUGUCACAUGUGAAAACAGAGAUGAGGAUUCAAUGUCGGAGAAGGAAGAACGUGAUGCAGAAGUUAUGGAUGUAUAAGUGGUGUUCGCGUAGUGGUCGGUAUACUGGAAUGAUAUAGAUUUCAACAGGUUUCGAAAGCACUAAUUAUCCAAUAUUUCGCAAUCUUCUCCGUCUCAGCUCCCUCCUUGCUUACAUAGUCAUUGGUGUUCCUAUACUAGGGCUGAGGCAACAGCCUACAGGACGCAUAUGUUAUAGUGCCAUAUAUGCUUACCAUAGAAUAGAUAGCUACUUUGCAAGCAUUUUGUUCCUCAGUGUACUCUUUGACAU